CCAAAUUUCAUCUUCGAAGUUCCAAUUGAGUGAGUCGUGAGAGCCUCGAGUCACGGGCGGAGAGCCACACCCACCGCUGCAACAAUUCCAGCGGUCCGGCCAACCCUGCUAGCAUUCAACUGGAUAAAAUCUAAGAGUCUGACACGCUAAGAGAGAGGCCUUCCAUCGCUGCAAAACCAGAAAAGCUCGCGCCUUCAUUCUCAGUUGAACAACUCGAACCAGACGAGAAAACGUAGCUGCUUGGAUUCAGCUGUCCCUCGACUCCUGGACUCCCUCCAGUUGCUGCCCUGUUUUGAAUAUGGGCUACCUGCUGCCUGUCAGUUUGUAAAGAGCUGGGAGGUUCUUCAUUUGAAAUUUCUGUUGACAACAGAGAGUCCAGGAGGUCUUCUUCAAGCUUUAUUAUUCUCUUCAAGUUCUUAUCUAUUUUUCAAGUCUAUAUCCAAGGAAUACUACUGCUACAGAUGAUUCAGGCCUGAACUUUGCAUCGCAUGGUAUGACAUGGGCCAUGCCCAAGCUUGAGUGGUAAUUCGGCAGGCCCUGUUGUGGUGAUUCAAUAGAUUGGUUGGUGGUGAUUCCCAGGACAUAUCCUCCUUUCUUCCAAUCUUCUUCCAUCUUUCUAAGUUGCUGAACUCAGGAUCUGUUUUCAUUGGAUCAAAAUGGAUGACCCUAUGAGGCAACUGCAACAGAACUUAAUUGAGGUUGAGACUGAAGCUGAGAGACUUCUUUUGGCGAGACACCAGCUAGUUGAAAAUGAUAGAGCUAGAAAUGGAAAUAGAGAGGCACUGACAGCACUUCGGAAGAGAGCACGAACUACAAAGACCAGUGUGCCAUCCCCUUUUGAGUCAAUAAUGAGGGAGAUCAAAGAUCCUGAAUCAAGGCCUCUGGUGAAGGAGGUUUGCACCACAUGUGGAAAUCAUGAUUCAAAGGAGCAUACUUGGAUGAUAUUCCCAGGGACAGAUGUCUUUGCACAGAUUCCAUUUCACGCAGCUCAUACAAUAUUGGAGAAAGAUCAAGAACGACUUGACUAUGAUACGAAGAAACUACAAAGUUUUGUGAAGGAGAAGUCCCUUCAGAUUUCAGAAAUGGGUGUUCUUGCUGACAGUAUUGGACCAGGUACACUCAGAUCGCUGGUUACAUUAACUGACAAAUCAAAGUAAGUUUUGUAAGACAAAGUAACAGUAUAGCACUUGUUUUUACCAUCUUCAUUUUCCAAUGAUAGUUACGUCCCUUAGGAGGUGAAUUAUUUUAGGGAUUUGUUGGGUGGUUUUGUUUGUGGUCACUCUUCAGAGGAAAUGUAAUUAUGUGUCUUGUCAUGCUGAGAUACUUGAGGGAUCAUAAAUUUUUUUAGGGAUUUGUUGAGGGUUUUUGUUUGUGGUCACUCUUCAGAUGUAAUGUAAUUAUGUAUCUUGUCAUGUUGUCA